AGAUCGAAUCGAUUUUUGAAGGUCAUAUCUAGAUUUUCUACAUUUAAACAAAAGCCAUUUUAUUUGUGGUUAGUUGAGUGAUAUAUUAAAAAUAUAAGAAACUGUAUGAAAGCAUAUAAAUAUAUAGAAUAUUUAGGCUAAAAAUAACGCUCUGAAAAAUUAAUUGGAAUGGGACAUAUACAAAGCCAAUAUGCCGAAACGGCUACUAAGAAGUUUCCCCAUUACGAAACCUAUGCUAAAUGUCAAUCAGCAGCGUUUGUUUCUGGUAUGAUAUCUUUAGUAUGUGGAGUUUCUGGUAUAUAUGUUGCUCAAGAAAUUUUUAGAAAGUUUCAACCUAUGCCAACAAAAGCAAUCCUCUUUGCCCCUGUAUUAGGAGGGUCCGCACUUGGAUACAUUGUAACAAAGAGAAAAACAAAAGCUUGUCAAAAUAUGUGGAUAGCGUUGGAGGAAAAGAAUGAAUAGCACUAAUAAUUUAUAUAACCUUAUAAAUCGACAUCGUUCAUGAAAAAUAGAGUGUCUAACGCUUUCAUGUUUCGUUUAUGGUAAUAGAAGGGACUUUGUGAUGGAUCGAAAAAGCUACUCCCCCACUUUUACUUUUGUUCUAUUUACAAAAGAGAGAAAUUAACAAAUGUUCUAAGUUGUAUUGCGUAACAACAAUGAUCGUCGUACAAUAUAAAGAAUCGAAGGAAAAAAUAAUUAAUAAAUUUAAUUAGAAAGGCCGUUUAAAAAUUGUAAACAUCGUUGAUAUUGUUGAUAUUUCAAACCUUCGACUUUUCACACUAUAGAACGGUCCACUAAUAAGUUAAUUUUAGACCAUUCCAUCAGUGCCAAAAGUAAAAGAAUUUGAUUGAUAUUGUUAAUAGAGUACAUCUGUAGUAGAAGUUUUACAACUUGGUGGACCAUGGAUGAUUUACCUGCAAAUAAAAAGAAAAGCAAAAAUGUAGAUUGUGUAUUUUCAUAAUUAUCAAUUAGACUAGCUAAAAAUGUAAUUAUCUACAAUUAGUUCGUAACGACGCUUUUUAUUUUACAUCGAUUUUCUUCUGCCAAAUCGCAUGUAGGAAAUAUCACAAGUAGUUUUUAUCAUAUAGAAUUAUAUAUACUCUACUUAUUAAUUAUUCGUCAACGUUGGCG